AUAGUCGAAAUCAUACUGAUAAAUAAUUAUAUACAUAGAAACAAAAUUAUGUGAAUAUUUUUAAAUAAUUAUCAAAAAAUAAUUUUAAAAAAUUUCUAAUAAAAAAAUAUUUGUUAAAGAGAAAAAAUAAAAAAAAAACUCAAAAGAAUUGUAUUUUAUUUGUCUCAAUUGUCAUAUGAGAAAACUAUUUUUAAAAAAAUUUCACUGAAUAAAAAUGCAUUCAUGCAAAAUAAAUUCGAGAAAUAAUUAUAGACUUGAAGAUUUAAGACGUUUAGAGCAAGCAUUACGUACAGCGUCAGCAUAUAUGACAAAUUAUGCAAGACAUGAGGAUACGGCAAUUUUUAUUGGUAGUACAAGAUCUGGUAAAAGUUCAUUAAUUAAUUAUCUCAUAGGCAAUAAAUUAAUUGGUAAAAAAGUUGCAAUUUGUAAGCCAGUUGCAUUAAUAAAAGCCGAUACAUCGCCUGGACCACAAAUUGGAAUUGGAUCAACUUCAGAGACUGCAAUUCCAAGUAGAUGGGAUUCACAAUGUUUAUCGGGAUUAGGAAUAUGGGAUGCGCCUGGAUUUGAUGAUAAUCGUGGUGUUGUACAAGAUAUUACAAAUGCAUUUUAUAUUAAUGAAUUAUUUAAAAAUAUUAAUUCGGCAAGAAUUGUAUUGGUUACUGAUAUUAAUGAUAUUGCAAACGAUAGUAUUAGACCAUUUUUAUCAUUAUUAAAUUCAGUUGAACGUAUAUUGAAAGAAAAAAUGCGCGAUUGUUUUUCAAGUGUUGCUGUGAUAUUUACAAAAGUACCCGAUUCAUUGCACGAUAAUCGUGUUGAUAAGAAAUUUAUUAAUGAACUUCUUAAGGAACAAUUUCUCUCUAGUAGUGCAAUUGAUAUUUCAGAGGCUGCAAAAGAAUUUAUAAGACAUUUAAUAAAAAAUAAUCAAAAUAUUGGUUUUUUUAAAAAGGCAGCCGCUGGUAAUGUCACUGAACAUGCAAUUGAUGUUUGUAUAACGGAUGCAAUAAAAAGUACAAGCGGUGUUGAUGAAGGAAUAUUAAAACAAGUCUCACCAAGUAUUUCCGAAGGUUCAAAAGUAUUUUUAUUUGAAGUACGCGAACAAUUAUCAUCAAUGAAAGAAUUUAAUCAAUUGCAAAAAUUAGUUGGCAGUAUAUUUGGUAAUAAAUUAAACGAUUUUGAAAUAAUGAAACAAGAUGGUGUUUCGUGUGAUCGUCUUAUUGAAAUAAAUCAAGAAUUAUUUAUUAUUAAUGAUCAAUUUAAACGUGUAUUAAAUUCAACGACAAAUCUUCAUAGUAAAAUAUUGACAAUACAAAAAAUUGAUUCGUCAAUUGAAAAAUUUAUUGACGAUAGAAAUUUAUUGCAAAAGGCAAAAUUUAUGGAAUUUGUCGAUCAAUUGUUAGAUUUAAAGGAGAGUCGUCAUUUUGAUUUUAAUUUACAUGGUAUUAUAUUGACGGCAAUGACAAAAGUUGAGGAAUUAAUUAUUUGGGUGAAAUUACAAUUAGGUGAAAUAACGAGAAAAGAAGCUGAAGAUGAAUUAUAUAGAUCGAAGAAAAAUUAUGAAGUUGAAAUAAAUAAAUUGAAAAUUGAAGUUAAAUGUGCAAAGGCACAUAAUAAUAAAGUUAGAAUUGAAUUAGGUCCAUUGGCACGUGCAGGAGCAACUGUUGAUGAUUUGAUAAAAGUAAUUGGACUUUUCUUUUCGAAAUUUAAAAUUAAAUUUCGGUAAUUUACAAUCUGUAAAUUAUAAAAUAUUCGUCAGUGUAAAAAAAAAAAUAAAUUACGAAAUCCCACCGCUGUCACCAUUGCUUUUUUCUUUUUAAUUAAGAUUCGUUUUUAUUUAUAAAAAUACUCAUCCAAGAAAUUUCAUAAUGUUGAUAUAAAUUUUCUUGGAGAAUGUAAAAACCUGAUUCAUCGUGUUACAUUC